UCACUGCUGGGCACUGACUGGCGGCACUGGGCAUUGACUAGCGCAACUGCUGGCACUGACUGGCACAACCGCUGGGCACUGACUGGUGGCACUGACUGGCAGCACUGUUGGGCUGCACUGAUGGGCACUGGUGGGUGGCACUGGUGGGUACAGGUGGGUGGCACAGGUGGGUGGCACUGCUGGGUGGCACAGGUGGGCGGAACUGGUGGGUAGCACUGCUGGGCACUGAUCAUCGGUGCCGAUCCCUGCUCUGACAACUGCCGUUUCUCGGCAGUACUUUCCUCAUGCUCUGACAGCAUCGCCGGGUGCAC